AUGGCCGAAGCUCAUCAGGCCACCGGCGUCUUUGACGAGCACAAGCGCGGCGUGGAGCUCUUGUACUCGGACGAAGGCCUCCGCGUGUCCUUUACGAUCCCUCCUCCGCAUGAGAUCCGUCGCUCGCUCGUCCGUGAGUUCUUCCAUCUCCAGCGCGCCCUUCAACGCGGCGUGUACCCCGCCCCACCUUUUGUAGCCAUUUUGACUGUACUCGCCAUCUCGGUCGUUGUGGUCGUGUCGCCCACCGACUCGUGGUGGCGAAGUGGACCUGUUUCGGUCUGUGUGUGGCAUGUGGGCAACUUUUUGAUGCCUUUUUGGUACUUGUUACCCAAUUCGCUCUACGUGGCGUCGCUUGCCGCCUGGGCGGCCUUUUUGGGUCUGUUGGCGCUCAUGGCCGUCCAGCGACUCUUUCUCCGGCUGUUACUGAGCUACCGAGGGUGGUUAUACCUAGCCCCACGGCAGAAGAGCCGCGUUGUUGUGGUCUGGGCCGCUCUCUUGAAGAUCUUUGGCGGGCGGAACCCGCUGACGUACUCGUUUCAAGACGCGCUGCCGAGGUUACCCUUGCCCCCACUGAAGGAUACAGUCCAGAGAUACUUGAAGUCAGUGCACCCGCUGCUCACGUCGGAAGAGUACAAGGACGUGGAGCGCAUGGCGCACGAGUUUGUGCACAAGGAAGGGCCCAAGCUGCAGUUUUAUUUGUACUUGAAGAGCUGGUGGGCGUCCAAUUACGUCACGGACUGGUGGGAAAAGUACGUGUACCUCAAAGGCCGCUCGUCGUUGAUGAUCAACAGUAACUACUACGCCCUACCAGGUGCUAACCUCGACUUUAGUCUCACGAAAAACCCCGUGGCCUUAGCGGCAGUGCUCGUGCACGAGUUUUUGCUGUUCAAGCAGGAUCUGGACCGAGAACAUCUGCCGCCGCUGCUCAUUCGCGGCAUUGUCCCGCUCUGCAUGAGCCAGUACCAGCGCAUGUUCUCGUGCACUCGCAUUCCGGGACGCGAGACGGACGUGCUCAAGCUGUACCACCACAAAUCGAAACACGUUGCCGUGUUCUGCCACGGUCGCGUGUUCAAGAUGCCUCUGUACGAGAAGGGUCAAUAUGGCAAGUUGCUGUCAAAGUUUGAGAUCCAGCGCCAGCUGGAGUGGAUUCAGUCGACAGCUUUGGCCAUGGAAGACUCCACGAGUGCAGAGCAGAACCUUCCGGCCUUGACCGCCGCUGGUCGCAUUGAGUGGGCAGAGAACCGCGAGCAGUUCUUUUCCAGCGGCAUGAACAAGCGGUCACUGGAAGCUAUUGAGUCAUCAGUGUUUGUGGUGAUCCUACAUAAUGAAACGGCUAAGGACUGGACGUCAAUGGGCAAGGACCUCAUUCAUGGCAGUGGUGGAAAUCGAUGGUUUGAUAAGUCGUUCAACCUCGUCAUAUACAAGAAUAGUGUUGCGGGAAUCAAUGCCGAGCAUGCGUGGGCUGAUGCGCCGGUGAUGGCUCAUGCGUGGGAGCAGGUGUACACGAAGCAGUGCUACACGUUUCCAUACGACCAACAAGGAGAUGCUCUGGUGUUGUCAGAAGAUGAACGGACGUCCGCGUUACCGCCUUGUAGAUUGCUCCAGUGGGACUUUUCGACGGGCCUUGACCGCGCUGUGCUAAAAUCACUAGCAGACGCUGAGAAGGCCAUCGGUGAUUUCGAUCUGAAAGUCAUUUCGUACACCGACUAUGGCAAAGGCCUGAUCAAGAAGUUCCGCGUGAGUCCUGAUGCAUUCAUCCAGAUGGCGCUCCAGCUCGCGUACUACCGUAACUCUGGCACGAUUACGCAGACGUACGAGUCUAGCAUGACUCGGCUGUAUCGAGACGGUCGCACGGAAACAGUCCGGCCAGUGACGGACGAAUCGAAAGAGUUUGUGCUUGGCAUGGCCGAUCAAAACCUAUCGAACGCCGAUAAACUGCAGCUGCUUCAGCGUGCAUGUGAUGUGCACCAGGACAGCUACCGGAAUGCCAUGAGCGGCAAGGGUAUUGACCGCCAUCUCUUCACACUCUACUGCGUGUCUGUGGGUUUCGGUACCGAGUCGGCAUUCUUGAACAACGCGCUAAGCCGUCCAUGGCGUCUGUCGACAAGUCAGCAGCCUCAGCAGCAAACGGACAACUGGCGUCUGGUUGAAGAUGCUUUGAAAGGAUCAAAGUACACGAUUGAAGACGCGCGUUGUCCUGGUGGUGGCUUUGGCCCGGUAGCUGAAGACGGAUACGGCGUCAGCUAUAUGGUUGCAGGCGACAACAUGCUUGGCUUCCACAUAUCCAGCAAGAAGACCUGUCCGUCUACAAGCUCGGAGAAGUUUGCCGCAGACAUUGAGCAGGUACUUGCCGAUCUCAAGUUGCUGUGGCAAGCGCAAGAGUAG